UAGUUGGAGAGAUUUGGCUCCUGCAGACUGUCCGCUUUUAAACUGUGAGCGCUUUAAUAACACACAUUCGCCUGCACCCAAUAUACAAUUUAAAUACCACUUCACAGUUUAGCAGUGUGGGAGGUUUUGGUGAGACCUAUUUCCAGGCUGUUGGGACUCUCUGGAGAUGACUGACACCAUGGAGGUUGAGAUGGAGACAGCUCCUCCAAUAGAAGCCAUCGAUGACACAUCUAAUAAAGAGGAGCAAGAUGAAUCAGGACCACACAAGCCCAAGAGCAGGAUAUAUCCAGGGGAGAUCAUUGAAGGAAAACGAGAGAAGAAGACAGUCCAGAGACUUAAUAUGCAGAUGGGCAAACCAAAAGAAAAGCUGAAAAUUGAGAGUAUAGGCCACGGAUACAAAUUAGGAGACAUCGCUCGUGUCAACCACGCCAUCGGAAAGCUCAAGGCCCCACAGCUGAAACCUCUCCACAAGAUUCUAUAUGAUCGACCAGGAGCAGUCUCUUCAUUAAGGAAAAACCUUCGCUUAUUUAACGGAUUUUCAUUUGAAAUUGAGAGUGACUCUUACAACAAAAAGAAGGAAAAACUACAAAAGCUCCCUAAAAUACAGCUCAGGACUAUUUGUCAAAUUCUUGAUCUUGAAAUAAGUGGAACUCAGAGUGUUCUAGUUGAUCGGAUCAUGCAGUUUAUUAUAAAACCCACAAAUUCAGGCAAGCCAGUUAUUUUGAAAAAGAAAAAAAAGAAGAAAACUAUAAAAGAUGCUAAACAAGAGAAGAAAAUUUCGUCAAAGAGCAAGCAGCAGCAGCAGCAAUUCGAAAGUUUAAAGUCUAAAGCAAUAGUUACUGAUUCCAGCAGCGAUGAAGAUGAUGAUAAAAGUAAAAACGAGGAUGGCAAGAAGUCAGACAGCCAAAAACAUGGUGAUAAAAGUAAUUCUGAAGAGGAGGACAUUGACUCAGAUGAAAGUCCAGAAGAUGACAUUGAUGAAGUGAAAUCAAAGUCAAAGAAACCCAGUAGUAAAAAGAAACCCACCAGCAAGAAGGAACCGAAACAGGACAGUGAAUCUGACCAGACUAUGUCUGAUGAUGAUGAUGAUGAUGAUGAUGAUGAGUCGGCUGAAGACACACCUCCAAAAAAGGUUAAAAAGAAACCAGCUACUCAAAAGGAAGUGAAGGCCAAGCCUGAUCCUAAAACAAAGAAAGCAGACAGCAGUAGCAGCAGGAAGAAAAAUGCUGCAAGCAAGAUCAAAUUGGUGAUUGAAAGCUCAGAUGAUGAUGAUGAUGAACCUCUAAUCAAGAUGAUUAAAAGGCCACCAAGCGAUGAACAGUUGAAAUCAGCUGUCAAAGACCUCCUGAAAGAUGCAAACCUGGAGGUAGUGACGAUGAAGCAGAUUUGCCAACAGGUUUAUGACCUUUAUCCCGACUUUGACCUGACAGCCAGGAAAGAUUUCAUCAAGCAGACAGUGACCAGUUUAAUAUCCUAACAGGAGGAAGCCAAUCUAUUUUUGAAGAACAGUGUGCAGAGUUGCAGAAGAUUGUAUAGUCAUCCUAUUUUCAUAAAUACAGUUGUUCAUUAUUUUUCUUUUUAUAUUUUUUUUUGCAGAUUUAUCAAACGUUUGUGCAUUCUUUUUGUAUAGCUUUAUAUUUGAGAAAACAUGGAUGAUUUUGUAUAGUACAUCUACAUUUAUAUAGUACAUAAUGUUUCCCCACACACACACACACACACACACAGACACACACACACAAAUGUUUUCCUAAUUUUCGAUGUAAAUUUAUUUUCCCUCUUCGAGAUGCAUCUAAUCUUAAAAUGUUUGAUUGCUAAAUGUGUGUUUGAUCAGUGUACAGGUGUGCUGUUUUUUUUUUUGUUUAAAAUGUGGUCUGUUUCUCAUUGUUUAGUUUUCUGUUUUGAUAUUUAUUACUUUUAUUAGUAAAGAAGUGGUGCAGGAAGACAAAUUGAAUUUCCCCUGGCUACAAUUGGCAGUUCAGCAUAUUUGGUGUGCAAAUUUAAACUUAUUAUAGAAUUAACAGCUUAUUAGAAGCUUAUGAUCAUCAAUUUAAGAUCAAGCAAACCGCAUGUGGAAAUAAUCACGUUUAACAACAAGAACCUUUCCCGGCAAUGUGGUAUAUAUAUUUAUUACUCCCUAAAUAAUUUGUGAUUCGAAACGGCUACCGUUGUAGCUUUUCUUUACAAUGUGUGAUAUACUUUAGUCUUUUGUUUGGAAAAGAUGUGGCUGAUAUUAACAUGGCUUGAGGAAAGUUUAUGAUUAUUUAAGCAUGUGAUUUGGCUUAGCUGUUCGUUAAAGGUAUGUGGAAAUUUGACUUCCUGGACUUCCGUUAAUACACCUUUUUUUUAAUAUAUAUAUAUAUAUAUAUAUAUAUAUAUAUAUAUAUAUAUAUAUAUAUAUAUAUAUAUAUAUAUAUAGAAUGUAAGAGCAACAAUGCAUAUGUUUGUUUGAUUUAUGUCUUAUUUUCUUGGUUUGUUUUGAAUAUAGAUCGAUGAUAUUAAGAAUUUUCUGCAGAUAAUGUUUACAAUUUUUGUCUGACUUUCUGAUAUGAGCAGGCAAGUAACUGCUCCACUAAGAAUACACAUUAGAGAUGGCAUGCUAGUGUGUAAAUAUCUUCUCUCUUUUUUUAAUAAACUGGUUUUAUAUUUAACAGCAUACAUUUUCAGUAGCAAAUACUUUCACAACUUGCUGCCAUGAUAUAAUAAUUCCAAAUGACUUCUUUUUAUUCUAUUUUUUGAAUUGAUUUUCUGAAGUUAUGCACUUCUUUACUCUGUGUAUGUAAAGAAAUGUCACAACUAAGUCACGGAAAUAAAACGUUUUUUUAUUAA